CCGAGUUCCAUCGCCUGUCGCGUCCCCCCUGAGCUGUCGCCGGGAUGGGGGCGGCGGCCGGGCGGGCCGCACCGCGGGAGUUGCUGCUGCCGCUGGCGCUGGCCGUGGCGUGCGCGGCGCGCAGCGCCGACGGGCCCAGCAACAUGUCCUUCGUGAAAGAGACGGUGGACAGGCUGCUCCAGGGCUACGACAUCCGCCUCCGCCCCGACUUCGGAGGUCCACCCGUGGACGUGGGCAUGCGGAUAGAGAUCGCCAGCAUCGACGUGGUCUCGGAAGUCAACAUGGACUACACCCUGACCAUGUACUUUCAGCAGUCCUGGAGGGAUAAAAGGCUCUCCUAUUCUGGAAUACCUUUGAACCUAACUCUCGACAACAGAGUGGCUGACCAGCUCUGGGUGCCGGACACAUAUUUCCAAAAUGACAAGAAAUCAUUUGUCCAUGGGGUGACAGUGAAAAACCGAAUGAUUCGACUCCAUCCAGAUGGGACAGUCCUUUAUGGCCUACGGAUUACAACGACAGCCGCUUGCAUGAUGGACCUACGCAGAUAUCCUCUGGAUGAACAAAACUGCACACUAGAAAUUGAAAGUUGUAAGUUACUGGUGGGAGAGGGUUGGCCAAAUGACAGCUGAGAACUGAAAGACAUUGACAGGUUAGGCAAGACAGGAGCAAGUUGUUCAAAUACAGUGUGUCCAGUGAGCUUGCACACUGAACAUACCCAAUGUAUUUCUAUAAUACAUAAGCCAAAAUAUGUUUCAUUCACCAUGUUGGUUGAUCCAAGAUUGUAAGGUGUCUUUCACAAUCUCUUGUCGAGCAAGGGAGUUUAUUUCUUUAUGAUUAGCUCCGAGGACAGCAACUGAGUACUGUCCAUCUUCAGUGCGUAAUCACUGCAGAACCUGAACUAACUAUUUCACCUUGGUGCAUUCAUCCCUAACAUCAAGACUAACAUCUGUCACACAUGGUGGUGGCAGGAUUGAUCAGUUGCUUUCACCAAAUCACUUGGAGGUUAUAAGAGGAAACAACUUGAUCCUUCAAGACCAAGGUUAAUGAGGGCUCUGUCAUUGUCUUCCAUGAGCAUAGGAACAAGGUGUGCAUUUACAAAUUUUUGUCAUUAAUAUAGUCUCUAUAUCCUUU